GUCAAGGUUCUAAAGAGUUGGAGAUAUAUAAAAAAAAACUAAAGUGAAAAAGAAAAGAGAAGGAGAGAGAUGGGUUCAUGUGUAUCAGUGCAUAAGAGCUCUCAAGACUCGGCCAUGAAAGUUGGACACUCUUUUGGGUCUAAAACAGACAAUCUCAUCAUCCCACCUUCUCGUGUUAAGGAGAAACCCGAUGCUGCCAAUGGUAGUGAAGAUGAAUCCUUUUUCGAUUCCCGAGCAUACCUGGAUUCGGAUUGUGAUGGAUUUCUUUGGUGUUAACGGUGAUUUCACCCCGUCUCGUGGUAAUACCCUCGUACAUCAUAAUAGCUUCUCGGUGGAGGCACCUAGAAAUUACAAGACCACUGAGGAUGGAUCUCUUGGCUCAGUUUCGGAAACAUCCCCAGGAAAGGAAAAAAAAAAGCUGGUCGAACUAUUCCAUGACAGCAUUAAUGAAGAUCAAGAUGUUAAUGUGCUGAAUACCUCGAUCAACCAGGACACUGGAAACAGAAAGCCCGAAGUCAAACCAACAAUCCAAGACAUAUUACCUCCAAAAUCUGCUGAUGGUACCCCUCACGUCUCUCGAGCCAACUCCAGGUGCAGUAGUCAAAGGACUGAAGAUAACCUUAUGUUUAAGGAGAAGCCUCUUAGCUUCACGCAGAAUUGCCUUCCUAGCUUGGUUUCGUGCGGUAGUUUUAGCGAGAGGAAGGGGAAAAUGAGCCCUGCAAUAGACGCAAAUUAUAAGCCUUAG